AUGCUUCCGUUUCGCCGCCAUUGUCAAUCCGUAGCGGUCUCCGGCAAUUGUAGCCGAGCGUACUUCGCCGUCAACCCCGCUGGUGCUGGUCCCCUCUCCUACUCUUCUCUUCCCCCCCUGGUACCAUGUGCGUGGGUGGCGUGCAGGGCAUGGGACCAUCACGACCUGCUGCACGUGCAGCCUCUCUUCAACACCACCGAUGACGCUGAUGCGCCCGCAGCAGAAGCAGCAGGAGCGGCAGGAGGGCAAGCGUGGGGGUCCCAUGGCAGCAGCGGCAGCGGCAGUGGCAGUGAGGCGCGCGGGGGGUGUUCGACGAGCGCGCUGAUCUCGUCCAUCGCGCCGUACUCGGGCGCGCCGCGCACCACGGCCGUCAUCGCCACGGACCUGCUCUCUGGCGCCGUGCUGCGCUGCGAGGUGGAUCACGAGCACUUGACGCCUCCACAAGGUGCUGCCUGCGCCAUAGUGGACCCACAGAGCAGCCCGCUUCUCCCACUCAACCCCUCUUCCCUUUCCCCUGCUUCCCCGUCUCCCCUGCUUCCCAGUCUCCCCUGCUUCCCCGUCUCCCCUGCUUCCCCGUCUCCCCUGCUUCCCCGUCUCCCCUGCUUCCCCGUCUCCCCUGCUUCCCCGUCUCCCCUGCUUCCCCUCCCUGCUUCUCCCCUGCUUCCCCGUCUCCCCUGCUUCCCCGUCUCCCCUGCUUCCCCGUCUCCCCUGCUUCCCCGUCUCCCCUGCUUCCCCGUCUCCCCUGCUUCCCCGUCUCCCCUGCUUCCCCGUCUCCCCUGCUUCCCCGUCUCCCCUGCUUCCCCGUCUCCCCUGCUUCCCCGUCUCCCCUGCUUCCCCGUCUCCCCUGCUUCCCCGUCUCCCCUGCUUCCCCGCCUCCCCUGCUUCCCCACCUCCCCUGCUUCCCCGCCUCCCCUGCUUCCCCGCCUCCCCUGCUUCCCCGCCUCCCCUGCUUCCCCUCGCCCUCGCCCUUCGCCCCGCGCUCUUCGCCCCGUGCCCCUCGCCCGUUGCCCCCUCACCUCUGGCCCCUCGCCCUCGUCCCUGGCCCCUGGUCCCUUCUCCCCUGACGUCCCCCCCCACCCCCGUGGAGCAUGGCAGGUGCGGGUGGACGUGGUGCAGAGGGUGGUCAUAUUCCACCGCAGUCUCAAGAUGGGCCUCUCCUCACUCGCGGAUCUCGAGGUGCUCGCCUUCAACGACCACGGAGACGUGUUCUCAUCAGUGGCGGGGCUGGCCUUCCGCUGGACCCUCACACCCCUCGGCUCGCCCCUGCCCGCCCACCGCCGCCCUGACGCCUCCACUGCACCACGUGGCGAGCAGGCAUUGGAGCACCGCCUACAGCACGUGCCCCUGGAGGAGGCGGCGCUGCUACUGGCGGGCGGCGAGGAGGGACGUGGCGCUGCCAGGGACGACCUGGGGGUGGAGCGGUCAGACGUGUACGUGGUGAGGGGCGUGGCACCGGGGCAGGAGAGGGUCGCUGUACAGCUCAUGGACGCUGAUGUCACUGCAGCCGCAGCAGCAGGAGCAGCAGGGGGUGCGGCAGCGCUCCCAUCGGACGCCAUAACGCUGACGGUGGCGCAGGCCUUCUCCCUGCAGCCGCCCUCCCCCGUGCUGCUGCUGCCCGGCGCCCGCCUGCCCUUCCGCCUCCUCACCUUCACCCACAAUGCUCUGCACCGUAGGUUGACCGCACCUGCCUACUCCUCACCCUCCUUCCUACUCCUCACCCUCCUUCCUACUCCUCACCCUCCUUCCUACUCCUCACCCUCCUUCCUACUCCUCACCCUCCUUCCUACUCCUGACCCUCCUUCGACCUCUCCCUCACCAACCCCCCCUUCCCCCACCCCCUCCCUCCUCCCCUCACGCUCCCCUCCCUCCUCGCCCACCCUCAUCUCCCUUGUCGCCCACCCUCCUCUCCCCCACCGAGCACCUGCCACUUCCACUUCGCUUCACUACACGUGGGCAACAGGCAACACGUCAGUGGCAUCAGUGCACCCCGCCCAGGGCGUGCUGUCCGCGCUCGCCCAGGGCGCCACCACACUCACCGCCACUGACGGGGAGGUGUGUUCCGGUGCAGGUGCAGCUGGGGGAGGGAGUCUGCCGGGGGCUGUAGCGUGCAGGGCUGUGGCGGACCCUGUGGCCAGUGGGGGGGACACGUGGCAUCUCGUGGUUGGGCGGGAGUACGCCCUGUGGGUGCAAGUGUUUUCUCAUGGCUGGCCCAGCCGGCCCGUGCUGCUCACAGAGGCGGACACGCUGCUACUGCGCUUUGACCACCCACCACUCUGGACUGUCGUGGGGGAUGCUGCGACUGCCUCUGUGCCUGCACAGGCGCCUGGUGCUGUGGAGGGGGGAGGGGGUGGUGGGGAGGAGAGGAGUCGCGUGGUUGUGGUGCGAGGGGAGCAGCAGGGGCAGGGCGAGGUGCAGGCUGAGCUGCGGUACCAAGAGGUGAAGAGCGGUGGGAAAGGGCGGGAGGAGAAGGUGGUGGCGGCGCAGGCGAUUCGUGUGUGUGACCCCGUGCUGGUGCACCUGCCCUCCCCCACGCCCGCUCCCUCUGCCUCUUCUGCCUCUACUUCCUCUGCCUCUUCUUCUUCUUCUCCCCCCGUGGACCCGGUGCACGUGGUGCACCUGCCGUGGCUGCCGCAGCUUGACUCGGCGCCGCCACCCCUGCGGCAGCACCUGCUGCUGCUGGCGUCAGGAGGGUGUGGCGAGCGUGCUGCUGACUAUGUGUGGACCAGCUCUGACUCCAACGUCAUCCACGUGGCGCUCUCUGGUUGGCUGACAGUGGCCGGGCCGGGAGUUGCGAUGGUGCGGGUGGCAGCAGCAGUGGACGGCAACAACUACCACCAGGUGAAGGGGGGUGAUAGAGCCCAGCCCAGGGAGGGAGGGGGCAUACACGCUCGCCCAUCCCCACCCAUACACACCUGCCCCGUACCUGCCACUGCCGCGGGCGGGGGCAUGGAGCAGGUGGAGGUGCGUGUGAGUGAGCCACGUGUCAUGCAGGCAGUGGGCGAGGAGGAGGACAGCGCCCUGCAGCUGAACGUGCGUGUUGAGGCGCUUGUGGGCCACUCCCUGCUGCUCGCUGCUCGCCUCCUCUCCUCCUCAGGAGAGCCGUACACCAACUGCACCGCCCUGAACCCAUUCGUGCGGUGGCAUCUGCAAGCGCUACUCCCUGCCAUCCGUCCGUCCUUCACCCUCACUACUCCACCCCCAAUCGCUAUGCCACCAUCCUCUCUCUCGUCCAUCUGCGUGUGGACCUCCCUCUCCGCCAUCGCACCUGGUCGCACACAAGCAACAGCCCUCCUGCCACUGCCGCCGCACACAAAAUCUGCUGAUGCUGACGCCCCUGACAGUGCAGAAGAGAAGGCAGUGGGGGCCGCAGAAGGUUCGAGUGAGGGCGUGCAGGGGGAGUGGGCGGUGGCGGGGUAUGAGGCGAUGCGAGUGGUGCAGGCAGGGGAUGGGUGGCGCCAGGGCGGCUAUGGGCUGCCCUCCUCUCUUGCUGCCACUGCUGCACCCGCUGUGCCCGUAAGGCAAGGAGACUUGCUUGGUGCAGCAGCAGUAGGUGCGGAUGCCCUACCAUCAGCAGCAGCGCCAGCAGCAGCAGCAGUGCUGGCCAUCGGGGAAGGGCUGUCAGUGCCGGCUCUCCUGCUGGCGCCAGGGGCGUCCAUGACCCUCGCCCUCUCAGGCGGUCCUGACAGGUGGAUCCCAGGCAGGCAGUUCCUGGAGCAGGUGCAUGUGGCGGGUGUAGGGGGGAAGAAAGGGCUUGUGGUGGGAGGAGAGGCGGAGGAAAAAGGAGGGGAGGGGCGGAGGGAGGGCGAGAAGGGAGGGGCAUUGGAGGUGGAGCAGGUGGGGGGGCGGGGUGGCAGGGGGUACGUGGUGCGGUGUGCUGGUGACGUGGCGUCCAACGACAGCUACCACGUGCGGCUGGUCGCUGCAGCACUCUCCUCCUCCAUUGCACCCUUUGCCAACGCGUCCAGCCAGUGGCUACAUGCCACGUGGCAGCUGGAGGGGUGUGAUGACAUGGCAUGGUGGGGUGCGGACGAGCCGAGCAGUGGGGGGGUUGGUUCAGGGGAGGAGUGGAGCACAUGGGUGAACACAGGCGACAAUGGAGGCCAGUGUCACGUGCAUGUGGAUGUGACAGCACUAUACGCCAAGGGGGGCUGGCUGCACGUCAAGCCAGAGGGGCAGGGCGCCCACAGGGACGCCUUCCAUCUGCGCGCCUCUGCCCUCCUGCAGGUGGUGAAGGCGCUCAGGUUGGAACCCCAGGCGGUGCUGCUCGUCAACCACCCCCAGGCCCAUGCGGAUCUGACAGUAACAGGGGGCACCUCUGAGCUCCAGUUUUUCAUCUCCGACCAAUCAGUGGCUGCCAUUUUGCCACGUGGCACUGCAGCAGCAGUCCAGCUGGCAGCGCGUGCACGAGGCGAUGCCACGUUCACAGCAGUGGACGCUGGCAUCUCCCAUCCGCUCUCUGCCAACGCCUCGGUGUCAGUGGCUGACGUGGCAUGGGUGCGCCUGCACCCCGAGGGCGCACAGCCGUCCACGCCAGCAGGGGCGGGCGAGUGGUGGGUACAGGUGGGCGCCACGGCGCGUAUCACUGUGGCAGUGGGGGACGACCGUGGCCGCCUCUUCCCCGCCUCACAGUUCGAGUGGAUGAGCAUGGAGGCGCACGGCAUGGCGGGCGUGGUCGCCCUGCACCUGCCCUGCUCGCGCGCUCCCAGUGCUGGGGAUGACGUGGCAUGCUCUGAUUCGCUGGAGCUCACAGGGACGGCUGUGGGAGUCACCACUGCCUUCCAGGUGAGCGCAGGCAUCCACCUGUCAACUCGGAGGGUGUUUUCAGAUGCCGUGCGCAUCACAGUGUAUGCUCCGCUCGCCCUGCACCCGCCCUCGCUCACCCUCGCCCCGGGAGCAUCAUACAUGCUGCAAGCCACGGGUGGUCCGUCUUCCCCAACCACGACGAUCGCGUUCGCCUCCUCCAACACUGACGUUUCGCACGUUGAUUCGUCGUCCGGCCUCGUCACGUCCCGAGCGCCUGGCACAGUUGUCAUCCGAGCCAUGGCGCUAGGCUCGGCAGGGCAGGUGUUGAGCGUUGCUGAGUCUCGGGUGGAGGUUCGGGUGAUGGAGGCGGUGGGUCUGAGUGUGGGCAACGGGCAGCUGGCAGUGGGCGAGGAGAUGGCAGUGUUCCCCACUGGGGGGCAUGAGGGUGAGGAUCUGCUCUCGUUCUCACGCGUGUGCCACGGCUACCAGUGGAGCGCCAGCCACAACCAGCUGCUGCACCUACAAACAGCGCCAUCGCUCGACGCACAGGUGCCUGCCAGCACCACAGGGGCGGCCAGCAGCAGCAACCGCGGGAGUGACAGUGCCACAGACAGUGGCAGUGCAGCGGUAGACAUUGGCUUCUCAGCGCGCAUCACUGCCAGGGCGCCCGGCACAGCCACAGUGUCUCUCACCUUCGUCUGCUCCUUCCCCACCUCCUCCAAGCCCUCAGCAGCCCCUCUCCGCCGCUCCUACUCCGCUUCUGCCUCCAUCUCCGUCGUCCCCACGCCCCCUCUCGUGCUUGGCAUCCCUGCCACGUGGCUGCUGCCCAUUGACUACACCUCCUCCCCUCUGCUCCCGCCCUCUCUUGCUUCCACCACCUCGGGAGGUGCGGCGAAUGCUGCAGCUGCACGCUACUCCUACUCCCUGUUACAGGACCAGUCACCCCUGGGCAGUGGGCACGUGUCACUGGCAGCAGGCGGGCGAAUAGCAACGGGGGAGCGAGCAGCGCUGGGAUGCAUUGCAGUGGCCGACUCUGCCAGCGGCCGCCACGACAUCGCUGCUUGCCUGCGCAGCGCCCAGGCAGCGCAGUUGACAGUGGGAGACAACGACUUCCCCUUCCAUGCAGCCGAGCUCUCUGUGCCCGCCCAGCAGCUCUUCUCCGUUCACCUCCGAGACAGUCUCGGUAAGAAACAGGCUUGGCCUGACGUGGUGUCAGUGGCGGUGGUGCUCAGCCUACCAGGGCCUGACACGUGGCAGCCAGCCAACAUGACUGUGGUGGUGAAGGUGCGUGUGUGUGCGUUUGGGGGGGGGGGGAGACUGAGCUGCAUGGAAGCGGAGAAACGAGGCACAGAGGUGCACCCGGUGCAGAGCAUCUCUCUUCAUGGCCGUCUCUCACUCACCACCAACCCUGCUUUCUGCGGUGCAGCAGGGCACAGCUGUGAUGCGCGUGAGGGUGCAGCCAGGGGCAGGGCGAGGGACACGUGGCAACCUGCCAUUGGUGGACUUCAUCACUUGAGCUUCAACGCGUCCCGCCUGACGUCAUACACGAGGGUCACAGUGCUACCAGUGGCGUCGCUGCUUGUCUCCCCGCCGCCCUCCACGCCUCUCCUCUCCAACAAGCCUCCCCUCACUGCGGCCGCCCGCCCCUUCCACUUCCCAGUCCAGUUCAGGGACUCUCAAGGCCAGCCCAUGGGACGACCCGUGGGGUCCCCAGACGUGCCCUUCUCAUGCCACGUGGCGCCCAGCAUGCUCGGCACGGCUGUGCCUCGCUUUGACACCGCCUCAAGCUCCUACGUCUGCUCCUUCACCCCCGCCUCUCCCGCCCGCAUCUUCUCCUCUCUCACUCAAUCCUCCUCCUCCUCGUCACCAGCACCACCACCAGCAGCAGCAGGGGGGGCGAAGUUGGGAGGAGUGGACAGGGGAGGGGCGGGCAGUGAGGGAGGUGGAGUGGUGGUGGUGGUGGUGGCAGUGGUGGAGGCAGGGGCAGCGCAGGGUGCUCGCCCGGCUGUGAGAGGAGAGGCUGCAGUGCCGUUUGUUGGGGGCUUUGAUGUGCUGGGUGGAGGCGAGAUCUCUCUGUCUCUCGCCGCAAACACCACCACCAUUCGCCUCGUUGGAAACACAAGCUCGGUGCAAGUGGCGUGGAGCCAAAGAGCCUCACUGGUGGUUCGGAGGAUAGGCUCGGGGUCAGGGCAGGGUGUGAAGGGCGGCAGGCAGAGCACUCGUGCUGCCAGUGCGCUCCGCAGCACCUCACCUGCCCCAGAAGGGCUUGCAGCCUUGGCAGAUGAGACAGUCUUUGCCGUCCAGGUUGUGCUAGGGGACCAUUCUGACCACUCGCGUGCAUCUUUCAAAGAUGACAUUGUCUUCACUCAUCUAGGCACAGGCCAAAGGGAGACGGUACACGUGACCUUCAAUGCAGCCGCUGCACCCUCCACCCUCGUUCCCCUCAACCUGCUGUGGCUCGCUGCACUCACCGCCCUGGUCGCCUCGGCCGUUCUCCUCCUCCUGCACCUAGUCAGCCCCGCCCAACCCUACAUCCCGCACCCACAGCCCCCACCCUCGCCUCUCCCCACGCCGUCCCCUCAGCGCCCUGGGUCUGCUUUCCACACGCCUGGGUCCAGUGCUUUCUCCCCAGUGUCCCCUUACAGCCAGAUGGGGUCGCCAAGUCCCGAGUAUGUGAACUAUGCAGGCCGCACCAUCCACAGGGCUCCAGGGUACACUAACCCUAUGGAGGACCCUCGUAGCAUGUACUGA